AUGAUGAAGAUGAAGACGAUGAUUCUAAAGAUGAUGAUGAUGAUGAUGAUCCUCUCCCUCUACCUGAUCUUAAGUGUUCAUUCUGUGGAGUCUGUGAUCGAGGUGACUGGAUAUGUUGGUGGAUCAGCACUGAUCAGAUGCCCCUAUGAUAAAGGAUAUGAAGGAUACCCCAAGUACCUCUGCAGAGGGUCAUGUCCUAUCAUGGGAGGUAAAGACAUUCCUGUCAGAACUCAAGCAGGCCAGACCAAAGCAGUCGAUGGACGAUUCUCUCUGCAUGAUGACACCACUGCUAGAGUGUUCACUGUGACCAUCACUGGACUGACAGCAAAGGAUUCUGGGAAGUACUGGUGUUCCAUUACCACAGGAUUUGGAAGGAAUGACGUGUUCACUGAAGUGGCGUUAAAGGUUUCACAAGCACCAGUAGUGACCAGCGGUUCUAAAUUACUCACAAACAAUCUUUUCACAGCAACUGAGGUGACUGAUCCUCAAACUGUAUCAACACUUGUCGCAACUGACUAUCCAAUCGUAAGCUUUAAUGCGCUUGUAUGUAGCAGCGCUGCUGGUGUAGCUGUUCUGCUGACCCUUGCUGUGGUUUUGGGGCGUCAUGCAGCAAAGAGGAAGAAGCGCUGCAAAACGCCUGUUGAUUCAACUCUAAGCAGAAACACAGACACAGAAACUACUAGAGAGAGAAACAGGCCUGAGAUCGACCCAGUGUACGAGGGUCUGGGCCUGAAGCAGUACGAGUCUGAAGCAGAGUAUGGGAAUCUGGAAGCAGUGUCUCCUGGGAAAGCCCUGCAGGCGGAAGGGGGGCUGGCACAUGGGAAGGGUGAAGAAAAUGAGUAUGAAUCUAUGAGGGACACUCUGAGCAGGGCUGGGAAGUAUGCAGAAAAUGAGUAUGAAUCUAUGAAGGACACUCUGAGCAAGGCUGGGAAGUAUGCAGAAAAUGAGUAUGAAUCUAUGAGGGACACUCUGAGCAAGGCUGGGAAGUAUGCAGAAAAUGAGUAUGAAUCUAUGAGGGACACUCUGAGCAAGGCUGGGAAGGAUGAAGGAAAUGAGUAUGAAUCUAUGAGCAGGGCUGGAAGGGCUCCGCAGUAGUGUGU